AUGGUGAAAAAAAUUCAUAAUCCUUUAAAGAUAGAUUAUAAAAAUUGUAUUAUUGAGGAUAAAUUAUUACAAGUCAAAAACUUUGAAAAUAAUGAUAUCCCCGACUUAAUACCUGUAUGGACGUUACAAAUCAAUCCCAGAGAUUCGAAAAAAAUUAUUGAGCUCAUACGAUCUCUUCAAGACAAAGAUCCAAUAUCAUUACAACAUCUCAAAAGAAUCCAAAAAACCAAGGAUAACAAAUUUUUGUGUGUUGUGAUAUUCUCUAAAGAAUACAUGGAAGAUAAAGAUCAAGUAAUAACCUUAUUACAAAAAAAUGAUAUUAAAUAUAAUUCAAUAAGUGACAACGUUUUGGUACCUCGUUUUGCACCGAUGAUUAAAGAGUUAGUGCACCAAUGGGGAAAGAAGUAUUGGCCAUUGACAUGGAAUGGGAACCCCAACGAUCAAAUAUUAAACGACUAUGUCAUCAAUAUGGACUCAAUUAAAAAUAUGUUACAAAAGAUAGCCAAUCUCAGUGAACGUGAAUAUACAAAUGGGAAUAAGUUUCCGAUUGUAACUGCAUUUGUUGAUCCUAUAAAUAAUAAUGUAAAAAUUGUGACAACUGAUAAAAGAUCUUGUAAGGACGGGUUUGCAUUAGAUCAUAGUAUUAUGCUUGCAAUUAAAAAGGUCUCUACAUUACAAAAAAUGUUUAAGGAGAACAAGGACCCAAUAAAUAUGACAUCUUAUCUAUGCUUAAACUAUGACGUAUAUACAACACACGAACCUUGUUCUAUGUGUGCAAUGGCAUUAGUACAUUCCAGGGUCAAACGAUGUAUAUUUAUCAAACCAAUGAGCAUGACUGGAGCCCUUCGAUCAGAUAGUGGAGAUGGAUACUCCUUACAUGAUACCAAGGUAUUAAAUUCCAAAUAUGAAGUGUUUCAAUGGUUGGGUGAUGAAUAUGCAAAUAUACCAGAGCUUGAUCCAAAUGUAUGUUGUUAG